UUCUAUAUUAGAUACAAUAAAAAGAAGUUUCGGCUAGUUUCAACCAGAUCACAGCUCGAUGAUCUUUCUCUUCUUUAGUAGAAAUUAAUGGGAGUGACUACUGAUGGUGCCAGAACUUCACAGAAGUAUGGUUGACAGCAAGAGUUAUUAGAAAAGUUGUUGAGUCUAAUGGAACUGAGCCUCUUUGGCUUCAGUGAAUUAUUCACCAACAAAAUCUAUGUGGCAAGGUGUUAAAUCUGGACCAUGUGAUGAUGAUCGUGUUCAAAUUGAACAAUGUUAGUCGUUUUUAAAAUCCAUCUUCGGCCAAUAAUAUGCCAAGUGCCUAAACAGAGCUGCAUCUGGAACUGAUUGACUUACAAAGCUAUUAGACAUCCUUGCCUGACAAAUUUAAAGUGACGCAGACAAUUGAUUUCUUCUCCGAAUUGCUUGCAGAAACUUUUCAGAAUCUUCGAAAACGAGCGUUUAUAAUAAUCAUUUAUUUAUGAGGAGAAACUUUUUUUUUAAAUCGACUUUGCGUGGCCCGCGACACGAGUGACGGAAAUUAAAAUGGCCCGCCUCCGAAUAAGAACUGGCAUAAUGGCAAGAAAUAACAAUAGCAUGUAUACUGACGAUGAACUUUCAAAACAUGUUGUACAGCUUUGCCUACAAAAGCCCACUGAUAAACUUGUACAACUGUUAAGUCAGAAUCCAGGUUGUGUCAAUAGUGUUUAUCAAGAUUACACUCCUUUGAUAGCUGCAGCUAGAAAAGGUCAAUUAGAAACUGUAUCCUUACUCCUCACUAAUGGUGCAGAGGUCAACAGGGUGAAUAGAAAAAAUCAAUGUGCUCUUCUAUUUGCAUGUAGAUUUAAUCAUCCAGCCAUUGUGAAACUGCUACUUGAUCACAAAGCUGAUGUUAAUUGUUGCAAUCCUCAAGAUGAGUUAACAGCACUGUUAACAGCAGUUAAAAACAGCCACUUUGAAAUUGUGAACAUUUUACUAGACCAUGAGGCAGAUGUUACUUACACUACCAAAAACGGAAUAAAUGUUCUGAUGAUUGCCGCCAGGCAUGCUUCGGUUGAAGUCAUGCAGCUUUUGCUCAAACACUGCCCCAAAAGUAUUUUAAAUGAAAAAGAUUGCAAUGGAUGUACUGCAUUGUCUCAUGCUGUUUAUCAUAAUCAAAAAGAUAAUAUGUUAAUAUUAUUAAACAGUAAAGUGGAUGUUAACAUUGAAGACAACAUUGGACAAACUGCACUAAUGUUAGCUCUUGGUUUAUCAAAGCUGGACAUGGCAGACUUGUUACUUAGAAAUGGGGCAGACUUAAAUCAUACUGAUUAUGAAGGAAAUAGUAUUCUAAUGUUGGCAUCAAGUCAAAACAAAUAUGAUGUUGUAGAAUGGUAUAUGAAGCAAGCUUCUAAUCUUUAUAAACCUAGCUUGGGAGAAAUAAAUACACAAAUACCUUUUAAUAAGGAAAUUAGUGACUUGGAAAUAACAGAAUCAACAUGCAGUGAUUAUAAAGCAUUAAUACCUGUAGCAGAAAAAGAAGCAUUACCAACAUUUUCUAGCCCUAAUAAAGUCACAUGUGCUAGCAAUUUUGAGGACAAUGUAACAGAACAGAAUAGACAACCUUGUGCUGGUAAUAAUGAAAUUGUUAUCAGAGAAAUAACUACUACACUUGCAUUUUCUAAUAAUAAUAAUAAUAAUAAUGCUUAUCAAACGGUACGUGAUCUUGAAAGUAAAAUUCAACUUGUCAACAAGGCUGGAUUUAAUGCUCUUCAUUUAGCAUCAAAGAAUGCAUUAACCAAUAUAGUUCAGCUGUUGCUUAAUAAUGGUGCCAAUGCCAACAGUGAAAAUGCCUUUGGCUGGACACCUUUGAUGUUAGCCUCAUGUUCUGCUGAAAGCAUCCCUUGCUUGAAAUUGUUCAUUGAUAAAGGGGGAGUGGAUGUCAACUUUACCAAUACUGAUGGCUGGAGUGCAUUGAAAGUUGCAACAUACUUUGGGCAUUUGAAUAUUGUGGAAUUUCUGUAUUCUAAUGGUGCAAAGAUAAAAUGCCCUGGGGAUAAUUCUUUUAACAUUUUGAAGUUGGCAUCAGCUACGGGCCACUAUGAUAUGGUCAAGUUUAUUGUGACCCAUGAAGCAGAUGUCAAUGAGGUAAAUGAUGAUGGGAUCACAUCGCUUAUGGCCGCCACAUUAGCAUGUAAUAAAAGUGCUGAAAUCAUUGAGCUUUUAAUUGACUCUGGUGCAAAUGUUAACAUUGUUGACAAGUGUGGGAGAAGUGCCCUAACACAUGCAUGCUGUUAUGGUAAUUCAGAAGCUGUUGGUGUGCUUUGCGCAAAUGGGGCAGAUAUUCUAGUAAUUGAUAAGUGGGGGCUAAACUGUGUAAUGAAUGCUUGCAAAUAUGGCCAUUUGAAUGUGUUAAAAGAACUAACUGAAAUGCAAAAUUGUGAUUUGAAUGUUGCCUACCCUGUGGAUUUUAGUUCCGUUACUUUCAAUGGAAAUUUAGAAAAUUUCUCAUUUCCACAAGAGCAUUCAAUCAAUCAGCCUGUGAUAAUCGAAUCAGUUUCUGCUUGUACUAUAGCUGCUGUGUGUGGUCACAGAGAAUGUGUUAAUUACUUAUUGACAUCUCAAGUCUGUGUUACUGAGGACAUGAAAUGCAUAGCUGUUGACAUUGCUUGGAGGAAAGGCUAUCAUGAAAUAGUUUCUGUAUUACAGAGCUAUAUGUUGGCCAAGUCACUACCCUUAAAUGAAGAAAGUUUAACUAAGUCAUUUGUUGUGGCUAAUUGUCCUAGUUCCCCCAAAGAUAGGGUGGCAGAAGGUAGUUUUUCUCCAAAUUUAGGAGAACCAACUAAUUUUGAUUCCAUCCACACCAACUCUGCUGAUCACGAUUGCUACAAUCACCUUGGAAAUUUUCCUUCCAUUAAUGCUAAGGCAUUAGCUAAUGCAGUCGUGGAACCAGACUCUGAUAAUACAAACUCUUCUCCCAAUAAAAUGAUGGGAUUAACUGACCUUGUUUUGGAGACAAACUCUGCUAAUGAUAGCUCUAACAACAAUCAUCUUUCAAAAGAAAACUCCGCUGAUUGCCAUGACAACAGUCAUUCAAAAGAUUCCAUCGGUACACUUGAUACACUUCAAACAAACAUGGAUAUGGUUCUCACUGAUCAUAUUCUAUCCUCACUUCACUCCAACAUUUCCAAAAUUUUGCCUGAAAAUAGCACUCUAAAUCUAAAUAUAGCUGUAAAUUUUCAAAAUUACACAAUUGAAAAUGUCCAAUCUUUGUCAUUCCAAGGUUCUAAUAUUGAUAGAAGCAAUAUUUUGGAUUCCAAUAUAAGCAUGUCAGUUAAUGUAAAAAAUGCCCAGUUUAUGGCAUUUGACAACAGUGUCAUAAACACCUCUCCGCAUCAAUAA